GAAAGAAGGAAAAGGAGGAGAGAAAGAGGAAAAAAAAAAAAGAAGCCUCCAAGCCCCAGACCCAGACCCUGCAAACAUGGCGGACGUAUUGGACAUCGAGAACGCCGAGGAAUUCGAGGUUGACGAGGAUGGCGACCAGGGAUUGGUGAAGCUGAAGGAGAGAGCCAAAAAGCGCAAAGGUCGAGGCUUUGUUGGAGAUGAACGGUCAGACCGCCAGGAGAUCAUGUACGAGGGGAUGGAGACAGAUGAUGCUGAUGAUGAGCCUGGACCUCAGAGAUCGGUGGAGGGUUGGAUCCUCUUUGUGACGGGGGUGCAUGAAGAGGCUCAAGAAGAUGAUAUCCAUGACCGUUUCUCAGAGUAUGGCGAGAUCAAGAACAUUCACCUCAACCUGGAUCGACGUACUGGUUUCCUCAAGGGAUAUGCAUUGGUAGAGUUUGAAACAUUCAAGGAAGCACAGGCAGCCCUGGAUGGUCUCAACAAUGCAGUGAUCCUUGGCCAGUCCAUCCAGGUGGAUUGGUGCUUUGUCAAGGGGCCCAGAAGGAACAAAAAGGACAGGCGGAGGCGGUGAGCAUGCAGCGCUAGGUGUUUGGAGGCUGCCUGUUUUUCUGCAGGAGGGUGGGAGGCUGCUUUUGAGAAGGUUUGCCAUGCAUAGUAGAAUCAGUAUGAGUCACUUUUUUCACAUCUUUAGGUGUGUUGAUAUUCAUAUUAGGAUACUGUCAAAUGUCCAUCUUCAUUAAUUUCAUUUUUAAGUGACUUUUGUAUGCAGUACAAACUGCUUGAAGGAACUACCAUAACUUAGCCCUCAUAAUUUAUGUAAUUUUGUUCCUUGAACAGUUUUUGAGUGUUAUGUACUUGAUGGUGAUUGAGUGCAUGAUUGUUUUCCUGCCAACAAGUCAUUAAUGAUUGAAAUUCAGAGCUUGAAAGAGAAAGUUUUUUAUUAAAGUCUUAAUUUUCUCAAA